GCCAUGGCGGACGCUGAGGACGUGUACGAGUGCUCGUGCCCUGGUCCGCCGCCGCCACUGUUCGACCUGCCUCCUCCACCGCCCCCGCCUGCCUUGCGCGACGCUGCUUUCUGCUCGGAGAUGCACACCUGCGAUCUUUUGCCGGUGGCGGACGCGGAGCUGCAGUGGGGCCGCGCCGUGCCGUCCGCCGCCUUCAUCGCCGUGGGCUCCGCUCUCCUGGUCGCUGCCGCCGUCGUCGUCUCUGUGCUGCUCUGGAAGUACAAGAGGAAAAGACCGGCGCCCAUUCUGAUGCCUUUCAAACCCGCACCGAGCCAGGCGGCUGGUCUGCAGUCGGGGACCAGCGUCGCUCCGGGUGUGGGGCUUCCGCCGCAGACGUCGGUCCACCGCGCUGCUGCGGCCGGCGCCAGGACCCCUCCGCCCAUCCUGCUGGAUGGUGAUAAGAAGACUUCGUCUUUCCAGAACGGUCAUCCUUUCAUGGAGAGACCGACGGUAUUCGUGUGUCCGGAUCCCUACUCGCAGCCGGCCGACAUCUACAACCCCAUUUACCAGGAGGUUGAACAUGGUUCCCCGGACUCGAAUCACGACAGCCGACGAGCGAUGGCUGGGUCUGACGAGGCAGAAGACGACGGCCGAGAGACCGACGAACCGCACUACUACACGCUGCGACGAUACAACCGACCUCACGCGCUCAGCACGAGCCGCGAGAGGCGGAGGGCGACGUCGCACCAGCAGGCGCACCGCAGUGCCGGGGGCGGGGGGCGGCGCCACCAGCAGCCGCAGCACCGCAGCCUGGACCGCCGCCGGCACCGACGCCCGCCGCACGCCGCGCCGGCCGCGGACGACGACGCCGCCCCCGCAGACUGCUACGCGCCGGUCGCGGCGCUCAGCUACCGGCCGCAGCAGGUGCAGCUGCAGUUCUCCACGUUCCGCUCGCAGCAGCAGCUGCCGCAGACUGGACCCGGCCCCCCGUACGCUCACACGACUCGGCGCGCGCCGCACAAGAGGCGCCGGUCCACUGUAGGGAACUCCGACCUGAGGCUGGCGUGACUGUUGGAGCAGCGGGGGCGGACUGCGCUCUGAGGGCGUCCGCGACGCCCGGGGUGCGCCACGCGGACACCCCGACGCCUCCGCUGGAUCCACUACUUGUCACCGAGAAGUCACCCGCCGCGACUCUGCGGGGCCAGAAGAAUAUUUUGUACUGAUGGUAUAACAGGCCUUUCUGACAUCGACAGUCGCAGUGUAUUUAAACAUUACAUCUUCUUCAUGAGUAGGUUUCUUCUUUAAGCUAACGGAUCUGACAAAAGACAGUUAUUCCAUUCUCUCGCCCUCAAGAUCGCAAGAUCCCUGGUGGUAUGUAAGCCCACUGGACAAACUUUAGUCACCCCCAGGAGACACCAUACUAAUAUUAUGUACUGCGCCUCCAGCCUUGAUAAUAACUCUUGAUAAUUGUGUAAGGAAUUGAGUCCGCAGGAUAUUCCAGGUACGCCACUUGGAGCAGACGCUACGCAAUGAAGGGCAAUCUUUGAUGAUUAGUACCUGUAGAGUGGAACGGUUAAUUGUUACGAUGCAGCCGCUUUUUCAUAUACAUUGCCUAGUAAAAUUUAUAUGCUCUGCUAUCAAAAAAUUGAAAAUGUACCUUAGCACAGACCACUGAGAUAAGUGCAGGAAGAGAAUCAGUGAGGUUCUGGAAGGUACCGACAGGGGCGCAGAACCAUGCCAACUACUGUGCCGUUGACAGUUGUUCCAGGUUUCUCAGUUGAGGCUCCAUGGUGCGAAGUACCCAACCGAUGUUGUCCCACAGGUUCUCUUACUUUUUUACUUUACAUGUGGCAAGGGCCUUAACGACCAUACGCCUGCUCUAUGAGCCUCUUCCACUUUUGCCUCUCCAAUGCGUUGUUAGUCCAGUUGCUGUUGCUGUUUAUCCUAGUUGUGUCCUCCCGAAUGUUAUCCCGCCAUCUGAUUCUGGGUCUCCCUCUUCCUCUCGUUCCACCUAUUGUUCUGGUGAAUGCCAUUCUUGGUAGUGUAUUCUCUGUCAUUCUUGCUAUAUGGCCUGCCCAAUUCAACCUUCUCCUCUUGAGCACUUCGACGAUGUUACGGUGUUUGUAGGGCCCUCUUAAUUCUUCAUUUAUUCUUAUUGUCCAUUCCAUGUUAUUUUCGUCGUAUACAGGUCCAAAAAUUUUCCUUAGUACUUUUCUUUCGAAUAUUAACAGUGUUUCUUCAUCUUUCUUUCUAAAUAUUAAUGUUUCACGUCCAUAUAAUAUCAUAGGUAUAAUGGUCGAUAGAUAUAAGCGGAUUUUGAAGUUAUUGCUAAGUGAUCUUUUUCUUAGAAUUUUGAUGAAACUAUAAAUUAUAUUGAUUGCUGUUGAUCAACAGGCAUCUAUUUCUAUAUCUGUUCUGUUAUUAUUACUAAAAAGACUUCCUAAGUACCUGAAAAGGUCAACAGUCUUGAAAAUGAAUCCAUCUACAGUCCGAGGUGCAUCUUUUCUGGUUUUCUUACUUAUGGGCAGAUAUUCUGUCUUUUCUUCAUUAACAUGUAAUCCUGUUUCCUCAGCAAUUCUGUUGUAAUUUUGCAUCAUUCUGAUUAAUUCUCUUUUGGAACUACUUAUUAGUGCUACAUCACCUGCAUAGGUAAGUCUUGUAAUGUUCAAAUCCUGUAGCUGAAUCCCCUGUGGACUGGUUUUAGAAAAAUGUCUGUAUAUCUUCUCUAGGACUUAAAUCUUGGGGCUCUGGUGGCCAGGGGAGUGCAGUAAACUCAUACUGGUGCAUGUACCCUACAAGCUAAGUGACAUGUUCCGUCGUCCUGCUGAUAAAUACAAACUGCAGGUAGGGGUGAGCAUGGUCACCAAGGAUAGAGUAAUAUUUUUGUUGAUCCACUCCCGAAUGACAAGUUCACCCAUAGAAUUCCUCUAAAACAUUCGCCACACCACAACGCUCCCUCUUCUGGCUUGGGUGACUGUUGCAGAACGUUUGCUUUCAGACGCUUCACGCCGUACUUUCCAACGGCCUUCAGACCGAUGAAUAAUGAAACGUGAUUCAUCUGAAAAGGCCACCUGUCCGCACUCAGUAGAGUCUAGUUGCGGUACUGGCAUGAACCAGGAGUCUGCUGCGGAGGGACAAACGUAGGAACUUUCCCUGAACUGUCGUUGAGUAGAUACUGUUGAUAGACCACUUGGUUCUUCUGUUGGGUCAGUUGCUCAACAGUUGCACCUCUCUUCGCACUUACACUUCUCCGCAACCGUCUUUCAUCCCUGUCAUCUAUGGCCCCUGGUGGACCACAGUCCCCUCGGUGCCGGUUUUGGACAGGGCCAUUUUGCCAUAUACGGUAUAUUUUAACGACGGCUGCACGCAAACAGCCUAAAAACGUAACAGCUUGGAAAAUUUUUCCACCCUCGGCCUAAAAGUCAUUGUUCAUGCCCUUUUGCAAGCCAGAUAAAAUGUUUCGCGUUAGUACAACGAAGGUACUUUUUCCUGUGUCUCCAAUCACGCAUUAAUCCUUCACUGCUAGUGCUGUCAUCUGCAGUCUGUGAUUGGUUAUUGGACUUAGCGAUCGAACAAAAAAAUGGUUCAAAUGGCUCUGAGCACUAUGGGAAUUAACAUCUGAGGUCAUCAGUCCCCUAGAACUUAGAACUACUUAAACCUAACUAACCUAAGGACGACACACACAUCCAUGCCCGAGGCAGGAUUCGAACCUGCCACCGCAGCAGCCACGCGGUUCCGGACUAAAGUGCCUUAACCACUCGGCUACCGCGGCCGGCGAUCGAACAAAGACGGCAGUCCCAUGAGUGUGACGUGAUUACUUGAUUGUGUAAUCUGUAAGCGCUAGUAAGUGCCUGUUGUUUGUCAUUUUGGAACUGCAACACGGCUAGCGCCUUGUUGUUCAAGAGAACUUCGUGGAGUCUGUAGAGUCUGUGGCAGGAACAUGAAAACAGCUAACAGCCUUAGUUAAGAUGGAGGAGAGGAAAAGAUACCGCGAAUGAUAUCCGCAAAAUAUAUCCGAUGUUUAUAGUCUCCUAAGGUUUCCUGUCGGAUCCAAAAAUCAACAUGACUCCAUACUUCCAACGAUAUACAUCUGCGCCCCAUCUUUAGGAGAAUGCCGCUGCUGCUGAACCCCGCUGAAAACUAAUGCCAAUGUAGCAAAUAGCGUCCCACAGAGGCCUCCAUUUUGUACACGGUUCAUAUACCGCCCACCACAGUUGCUGCCCUCCUAGACUCGACUGCUCUCAAGAGACUUUAUAACCACCUCAGCUGUCUUUGCCGCAGAAUUUAUUUUACCAUGCCGGUCGAAAGUGAUGGGUACCUUCCAUUUUUGGACGUCAUGGUUUACAAAAGCAGGAUGCUACUCUGGGAGCCAAUGUUCAACCGAAAGUCGGCACACAUUGAUCGGUAUUUUCAUGCUAAGAUUUGCCAUCUACUGUACCAACGCAAUGGCAUCCUUAGGACUGUGCUACACAGAGGUUAAGUCAUUUCCGACGCGGACAAGUUAACCCAAAAACUUGCACACCUGAUGGCUGUGUUCAAGAAAAAUGAAUACUCCAGAAGCCGAUUCAUUGGGCAAUAGAAUUUGGACCACUCCGGAGGUGACUGACGAAGAGUAUAGAUCUAUAGCCUUUUACUCCUUAUGCUGGGGGAAUAUCCUUUGGAAAACCUUAAGAAGUUUUAACAUCAAGAGAGUGUUCCGUCCAAGAUUAGCGCACUGCUCGGCUCUGUGAAAAAUUAUUUGGGACUCAGGAAGACUGGCAUCUAUAAAAUUCCAUGUCAAUGAGGGAAGAGUUAUAUUGGUCGUAGGAGUCGCGCACUUUAGGACAGAUGCGUGGAACAUCGUCGUCAGACUAGUCUACAACAGCCGGGAAAAUCGGCGUGGAAGGACGCUGCUUAAACGAAGAACACGAAAUGAAAUUUGAAGAGAUGGUGAUAGUUGGCAGUAUUUCUGGUUUUUGGAACAAUUAAUAUAAAGUGGCAGUUGAAAUUAAGUUGGCAGGCAAUUUGAUCAAUAAAGACAAGGUUUUCGUCUUAGUGGGGCCUGAAACUCGAUGAGGUAGUUCCAGUAAGGGUUGCACCACCAGCCCAGUCUUGGAGGGUAGCAACUGAACUGGGCGGAGCUUGUACCACGUGCGGUACAGAAGCUUAUACAUGACGAUGAUCUGCAGUCUCGGCAUCAAUUUUCAGCGGGACGUGGAUAUAGGUCUAUGGAAUGUAGAUUUUUCAUAUCAGCUAUGCGCGGAAUAGAAAUCGUAGAGGCUGAUAUUUGGUUAUAAAUUUCAAAACUGUCUGUAAUUUUAUUUCAGCUGUUAUGAUUCAACACUUAGCGGGCCGUUCGAGGUGCGAGAGAAUGAGUAUUCGUCAACCCAGUAGAGAAUGCAUGCAGCCCUGCGAACACAACUGUUACAUCACGGGAGUGACCACAGCGUUACCAUGAAGAUGUAUGAGGAAGGACAGCAGCUCAUCUCUGAGUUCCAUAAUAUAGUCCUUCUGAUCCGUAUUCAGCGGGAUAUGAUUGAGCAUGCGUAUAUAAUGGCAAUAAUAACACUCACUAUACAACAGAGAAACCCCUUCAGUCUGAACUAUAAUCUGCACAAAUUGUGGUUUCCUCACUGGCCCGUACAGGAAGCCUUCUGACUCUUGAAGUGAGCGAGAAUCGCGAAUCGUCCGACAACCCAACUCACAUGAAGUGAUGUAGUGUCCAACUUCUGUGUUGUAAGGCCCAAUGAAAACGUGAAGCUUUUACGUGGAGCGGUUGUUUAAAGACUUACUCGAUACCAAAUAUCGAUUGAGAUCAGUACCCUUCGGCGAUGUUCGUUCAGGAUCUGGCUCAGAUGAAUCUGAAUUCACUGUAGAGACUGGAAACGAGUCUCAUUCCACUCUGGUCCCUGUCGGUUAGUUGGUUAGUUUGUAGAUUUAAGUGAUUAAUCUGAAUAGUUAUCAGUCCCAGUUCCUGUCUUUUAGUAUUCUAAUACGACCACUGAUCUAACAUCGUGUUAAUGAGUGCGUGUAGACAUAUUAGACAGCCGGCGUUGACACACAGGCAACUCCGACAAUUUCACUCACGGUAUGGUUAUGGGCACGAUCAAGUGCAACAGUGGCCAAGUGUCCAGCUCGAUAUUAUUGCGCUCGUUUCAUACAACCGAAUACAUACACACAAUUUCGGCGCCAUGCCUUUCGACAAAGGUGGAGGGCCACAUGACAGCCUCAUAUCAGAUGCCUUCGACAUCGAUCCUAAGUGAGCAGAUCACAGCUUUAAGGGUGUGACCAACAGUUUGUCCAGUGAUUUUAGUAGGGUACUUGCUCAUUCAAAUCAUCUUUUUGCUGGCACGUUUCUAGAGCAAUUGCUUUCUUACCUUGCUCUAGGGACAUCUAGUAAAAUUAAGGAAUCAUAAUCACAGACACAUUACUAUUAAAACUUCACAUCGAAAAAAAGGGUGAUUAAAGUGGAAUAAACAUUUGUUCAAAGUUGAAUCGAUGUAGCUGACAGACAAGCUAGAUGGCAAUGUUUGACAAAAGUAGAAAAGUGAAUGUCACACGUAACUGUCCGUCAGCCGGAGAGGUGCUGCAGCAUCAUUAGGAGGCUGCAUCAGUGCCAGAUGUAGUUUGAGAGACAGACUGAACACAAACUCCCACACUAGCACCAGCAAUUUAUUGCUGGAUUCCAGUAACAGCCACAUGAAUAUUUCCGAUGCACCAGAAGUGCUGUUUCAGGCAUUAUGUCUCAUUCAUUAUGCUGACUUUUUUUGAGACAACAUGUAAAUAUCUGUGGUUACCAGGGAAUUUCCCGAUGAAAACUGUCUGCGUACUGGUUGUGGGUUUUACAAUCAGGGAAUCCUAAGGUGCUAGAGAAGAGUACAUAAUAGCCCAUUAAUUUACCGUUCUGACGUUACCUGUAGGUGACUGAAAUUUUACUGCCUGCUGUUGUUACCUGCCCAAUAAUAUGUAGUAUCGCAAUGGCAGAGCAAUCAUUGAUAUCAAAGGGCUGUUGCCUUUCUUAAAGAAAAUGCUACGAAAUGUCCAUCAUAUUUUUGUGUAUUGAGUGAAGAAGUGCACUUUCUGUCCUUUCUAACGAUCAGUUUCAAUAGAUGUGGUACAGAGGACACAAUUACGUAAGUCAUCUCCUUGUGCAGAAUAAGUUCAAUUGUCUUUAUAUAAACAAAUAAUGAAAUCUAUUCUAAAAGCAAUCAUUCUUCAAAAUAAGUGAUGAUAUUAUAUCGACUAACAGAUGUUUCGUUUCCCUUUUCUGUUAUCUUCGUACGAAGUGAUACAGGGUACGCUAGCUGUUGUUUCAGUUUUGUGGUCUUUCUACUUGUUGUCCAGAUAUACAUGUACCUGGCAAUGAAACCACUGCCUCCGAUGAUAGGACGUCUGAACGUAGUUCGCAGUCUCCUUCAAAUCUGCUAACACUAAAAAACCGGAAUUUUCAUGACCACUUAUUCACUGGACCAUAUCAUACAAUUAGGGCUGCCUUUUAUAUCUUGAUAAUGUUUAUUACUAAUAUAGUAGAAUUAUAGAAGCAGAUGGAAAAUUUUCGGCAGUGGAGUCACAACUGUCAUGCUAAUUGGCUAUAAAAUUCCAAGUAAACUUGGAAGAAGUACAUAACACAAAUGAUAGAUUAAGUGAGACGCUAGGAGGUAAAAUUAGUAUUCUUUAUAGUGGAUAAACUGACAAGUUUCAACAGCAUUAUGAAAUUUCAUUAACGUCAGAUUACGGACAGCAUUUCAAUUCCUUAAGUUUCUUACAGACAGAGCGUCAUUCUCAAGCUGAACACUGGGUAACAUUAAAAAGAGAGGAGGGGUAAUGGGAACACAACUUACAUCUAUUACUGAACAAACAAAAAGACUGAAUUCUAUGAAGUAGAAGCAAGAGAACGGAAUGUAAAAGGUCGUUAAGACCUAUGGUGAAACUACUGGAUUUUGUGGGAAUUUCGGCGAAUGAAAUGACGUGGGGUGACUGGAAGACUGGUGAGAUGCCGGGGACCAUUGGAGACACUCGUCAGGAUGGCCAUAUGCAUACGUAAGUGUGACUGUCUUCAGCUUUCUCCUGCGACAAACUCCUUGAGCCACGUCAGCAGCAUUUUUGAGUUAACUGCGCAGCUCCGAGAAGACGAAGCACGAGUGAUUUUAUAUAUUUUAUACAGCGCUCUGAAAUGAGCGCUUAUCUUAUUGUAUCUUAUGAAAUGUACGACUGAGUAUUGUUAGUGAACUGACUGUGGAUGUAAAUGUGGAAAGUAUCGAAAGCAGUUGGAACUUAUAUAACACAGGGUCAUAGCCAAUUACUGAAAUCUUAGAUUUUACACUAUAGACUGUGAUUGUUCACAUAGAAGUACUUUUGCCAACUAUUUGUACGUUUCCUAUUACGCUUAGAGACAUUCGUUUCCUCAAAAUACUCUUUGUAUAUAUCACACACAUUUAUCUUCAAAUAUGCAGGCCACUUGGCUGUAGUACGAGGAUACGUUUCUCCUGCGAAACUAUACAUUUUCCUAAACAUUUUUCAUAUACCAUUGUUUCUAUCUUCUUCCGUAAUGAUAUAGGGCACUUUACUUAUUCUGAACUAAACCAGCUGUGAAAAGUGCAUAUUAAGUUUCUUGCUGCAGAAUUACUUAGACAGGACUGCUUUUGUUAACUAACGUUUCGUUAACUUCACCACGCUUACAUCAGCAUAACCUUGUUACUCAUCAUGUGUCAUCCUGCGAACUCUUACUUCAGCUGACUUCUCUGCCGCAGACUGAGCUCUAGAACUGAAGGCUAACAUAGCUAGGACUUUAUUUUUGGUGUAAGUAAACCACUGCACGUGAAAGGUGAUUUACUGUAUAGAGUAAAAUAUUUUUAGUUUUGUAUGAACACUUGUAAUAUACGCAACAACAAUAAAUCGAAUGCUUUACGAGAAUUGUAAA